UCUGAUUGGCUGCAAAUUAAGUGAACUUUCAUUCAAUGGACUGACUGUUCAGAUUAUUGUAACGAGCUAUAAUCUCUGUUAAACCAUGGCAACUCCAGACAAGCCUGUUCUGUAUAGUUAUUUCAGGAGCUCCUGUUCCUGGAGAGUUCGGAUCGCUUUUGCACUGAAGGGUAUAGAUUAUGACCAAGAAGCAGUUAAUCUUAUAAAGGACGGAGGGCAACAGCAAUCAGAGAAGUACAAGGCAUUGAACCCUAUGCAACAGGUGCCAGCACUCUGCAUUGAUGGAAUCACCAUCUCCCAGUCGCUGGCCAUAAUUCAGUAUCUUGAAGACACCAGACCCGGCCCACCUCUUCUACCUCAGGACCCGAAGAAGAGAGCCCAGGUGCGGAUGAUUUGUGAUCACAUCGCCUCCGGCAUUCAGCCACUACAGAACCUCUAUGUAUUACAGAAAAUAGGUGCUGAAAAGGUGGAGUGGGCACAACAUUUCAUCGUCCGUGGGUUUCAAGCUCUUGAGCACAUCCUUCUGCAGACAGCAGGGCGGUACUGUGUUGGUGAUGAGAUUUCAAUGGCCGACAUUUGUUUGGUUCCACAGGUUUAUAACGCUGAGAGGUUUAAGGUUGACCUGACACCUUUCCCAACUAUAAAGAGGUUAAACGAGACCCUGCUCGGAUUGGAAGCGUUUCAAGUAAGUCACCCAUCACGCCAGCCUGACACCCCAGCAGACCUUCAAGCGUGAGAGCAACACAAACCAGCCACGAACGCUUCGGAUCCACGGCGCAACGACCACACGCUGAUGUUCAAGACGACAGGAUUAAAAGAUUAUAUUGCGAUCUCAGACAGAGGGAAGAGGGGGAAAGAGAUAUGUUGUGUUUCAUAUGCCAUGGUUAAUAAAGUAAUGUGAAAAUGA